AUGUCAGGAAACCUGUCAGCCAUCCAGCAUAGUCAGGUCACGGCUGAGAUUGUCAACCAGCUGGCUUUUAUACUGGGAAGCGAACACGUGAGCACUUCACCUUCUGCUAGAGAACAUCAUGGCCAUGAUGAAUCAUUCCACAAGUGUGCUCCUCCUGCUGUCGUUGUGUGGCCAACUCGCGUUGAGCUUGUGAGUGAAGUGAUCAAGGUGUGCAAUGAGCAUGUCAUUCCUGUAAUCCCAUUUGGAACAGGAACUGGUUUUGAAGGUGGUGUCACAGCAGUAAAGGGAGGUGUUUGCAUGGACCUCACUAAGAUGGACCAGAUUCUAGAUGUUCGUGCUGAGGACUUCACGGUGACUGUGCAGCCAGGAGUGCAGCGCUCAACACUGAACAACUACCUGCACGACACGGGGCUGUGGUUUCCUGUUGACCCUGGGGCAGACGCAUCACUGUGUGGCAUGGCAGCAACCAGCGCAUCGGGAACAAACGCUGUCAGAUACGGAACCAUGCGUGAAAACGUCGCCAACCUGCAAGUGGUCUUAGCCGAUGGAAGAAUUAUACACACGUCGGGAAAAGGCAGGUCUACCAAGAAGACGUCGGCUGGGUACAACCUCACCAACCUGUUCGUUGGCUCGGAGGGCACACUAGGCGUCAUCACGCAGGCCACGCUGCGGCUCUACGGGCGGCCCGAGACAACAGCUUCAGCCGUCUGUUCCUUCCCAGAUGUUCAGUCUGCCGUGGACACAACUGUUCAGACUCUUCAGUGUGGCAUACCAAUGGCUAGAAUAGAAUUCCUGGAUGAGGCGAUGAUUGAUGCAUGCAACAAGUACAGUCACCUCAGCUACACGGUAACUCCAACCCUGUUUCUAGAGUUUCAAGGUGGUGAGAAGGCUGUCAACGAAAACGUCCAAGCCGUGUUGGAAAUAGCGCAGAUGAAUGGAGGCUCGGACUUUCAGUGGGCUAAGAAACUAGAGGAGCGUAAUCAUCUGUGGAAGGCACGGCACGACUGCUGGUAUGCGAGUAAGUCUCUCAUACCGGGAAGCUCAGCAUACUCGACUGAUGCGUGUGUUCCGAUAACCAGUUUACCGGAGUGUAUCAUUGCUGCUAAGGAGGAUAUAGAGACUGCAGGAGUGAAAGGUCCUAUUGUCGGUCAUGUUGGUGAUGGCAACUUCCACAUCUUCUUGAUUACUGAUCCCGAUGAUCCAAACAGCGAGAAGAAUAUCAGAUGGGUAGCUGAGCGGGUAGCAAAGAGGGCGCUCAGCGUAGGUGGCACCUGCACGGGGGAGCAUGGCGUGGGCUUGGGCAAGCAGAAGCUGCUACUCGAGGAGAUUGGGGAGGAAGGAGUGAGACUCCAGUGGCAACUCAAGAGGAUGCUAGACCCAAACUACAUUAUGAACCCAGGAAAAGUGCUCCCGCAGCUACCGUGAGUCAAUCAGCCUCUUGGACUAGCUGGAUUCCAUCAGAAGGUUGGAAUUCGUCGCUGCACGUAUUUCAAUUUAUUUCGAGUCACAAAUUGCGUUUGUGUUUGCUGAAGUAGUGUCAAAGAGAUGUAAUAUGGGGUGUCUUUUCAAUUUACGUGAGCAGAAUUUAGUUGAUUGUCCACUUAAAAUAUGAACCGGCUGCGUGUUAUACGAGUAUGCUAUUUUAUGUUGCAUGAUUUAAUUGGUAAUAGAUGGAGUAACUGGUGCAUUUAGUGAUAAGAUCUGACUUUAUGUUUGAAGCUGCAAUAUGGCAAGAGUCGUAUAAAAACUGUACAUUUAUUGAAAAGUUAACUAAUUAACAUUAUGGUUUAAAAAACAGCCCAAGCAGAUUUAUGGGUUUUAGCAUUUUUGGUACUUUUGUCUAUACUAAUUCAUACGUGAUGUUAAUUGUAGUUGCCUAGAUUGAAGAAAUAUCACUAGAUAUAAUGAACUUAAUUAGUAUUACACUAUUGAUGUCAGCUCAAGUUAAAGGUUUAUUUCAUAGUGCUAUUUAGUAGGACUUGGUGCAAUGCAGGUAUGUUAUUAAAUAAUAAAUACCAAUAUAGUUUCUUACAGGAACAGUUUCUGAACAAAUUUUUAUACAUAGAUUCUUCAUAUUAUGAAUGAAUGUUAUAAUCAUGCUCUGCCAAGUUGUAUAUAUUAAAUAGACUAUUUUGAAAUUGUAU